GUGUGUGUAUUGUGGGGGGGGGCGUGUGCGCUGUCACGGAUCACAUGACGCAGAAUAUGGCCUCUUCACUUGAUUUCGUCCUCUUGACAGUCGACAGCUGUGUCUUCUAGCUCUGUUGCCACCGAAAAACUCCCGUUAAACACCGAAUCUUGCACUCCAGACCCUCCCGAGCUACGGCCACACCGAAUAACGGACCAUGGCGGACCAAGCAUAUGUGACUCUGGCCACAAAUGACAACUAUGCCAAAGGAGCAAUGGUUCUGGGGAGGUCGCUACGCAACCAUAACACAACCAAACAACUGGUGGUUCUGAUUGGACCACACGUAGCAGAGCCCUGCAGGGCCAUGCUGAGUAGCAUCUAUGACGAGGUGUGUGUGGUGGAUAUCUUGGACUCUGGGGACACGGCCCAUCUGGCCCUGAUGAAGAGACCAGACCUCGGAGUGACCUUCACCAAGCUGCACUGCUGGACACUCACACACUACACCAAGUGUGUGUUUAUGGACGCAGACACACUGGUGUUGUCCAACAUCGAUGAGCUGUUUGAGAGGGAGGAGUUAUCUGCUGCGCCUGAUCCUGGUUGGCCAGACUGUUUCAACUCCGGCGUGUUUGUCUUUAAACCAUCCAAUGAAACAUACCGCAGCCUUAUGACACACUGCACUGAGAACGGCAGCUUUGACGGUGGGGACCAAGGAGUUCUGAACAGUUUCUUCAAUACCUGGUCAACAGCAGACAUUUCCAAACACCUGCCUUUUAUCUACAACCUCAGCAGCAUCGCUAUAUACACCUAUCUACCAGCUUUCAAACAGUACGGUCAUGAGGCUAAGGUGGUCCACUUCCUGGGGAAGGUGAAGCCGUGGAGCUACUCCUAUGACACCCAGACUGGGAAGGUCAAAGGUCACACCCUGACCCCUGGCUCGGGUGACCUGCACCCUGACUUCCUGGUUCAGUGGUGGAACCUCUACUCCUCUGGGGUCCUACCUGCUCUCAGAGACUCAUAUGGAGACGCACUGUUCUGCUCCGGCUGCACUGAGGAGGAGGUCUGUGACAGUGUGGUUGAGAUCAUCCUCCCGCCUCCCCCCCAGGCGCCCCAGGUGUCCAGUGAGGAGAGGAGGCAGCGAUGGGAGGCGGGCCAGGCGGACUACAUGGGAGCCGACUCCUUCGAAAGCAUCCAGAGGAAACUGGACUGCUUCCUCAAGUAGAGGGCCAGAGGAGGGAUGACGGACGGAAAGGGCAUCUAUUGGCAGGCCUGAGAUGCGUCAGUCAGGGCGGGGAUCAACUGGCAUUCGACCAAUCAGAAGAGAAAGCGGUAGAGGAUGACGUAUUGAAAAACAGUCCCAUCCUGGGCCUCUCUCUCUCUCUCUCUGUUUUUCUCUCUCGGUGUGUGUGCGUGUUUGUGUGUGCGCGUGUGGCCUGGUCCUGCAGAAAUAACCCCUGCAGAGACAGGUCCAUUCAGUGUUUGAACACCAGUUUACUACACUAUGCAACCCCCAUACCACCACCUCAGCGCAGAAGCCUUGGUCAGUACGUAAUGACUCAGUAAUAACCUCACUGUGAUUCUGCCUCACCAAGUCCCAUCCAGACCCAAUGACUCUAACAGCUCUAACCCAGUUACUCAGUCAAGCCUGAUAAUGAUAGAGAGAGGGAAGUUGUGCUUUUACUCUUUAAAGUAUUCAGAGAUGCGUGGGUAUGAAGUAUUUCCCUCUAUAAAAUGGAAGAACUGUUAUUUUGAAAACUAAAGUUUGCAUCCCAGCGGUUAUUUUUGCUCUCCAUAUGCGUGUUGUGCAUGGUUGUUUCUUUAUAUUAUGAUUAUUGUGAAGGAAGCUCGUUUCUAAAGUGGAAAACCCACCGUAGCACUUGUCAUUUCGCCAUGUCCUGUUUGUUGUCAUCACUUCCUGUUGGGUUUCAUCACUUUCUGUGUAGUCUGACCAGUUGCCUUACCACCGUUAAAGACUCUUAUUAUACAACUAGGCCUAUUCUAGUUGUCGCCUUUCAGUUUACAGAAACACUUCUCUGCUGCUGCCAAACCCCCCUCCCCUCCACCUCUACUCCAUUCAUCCCUCCUACAGACUUACCUCUACGCUCCUCCACCUCUACUCCAUUCAUCGCUCCUACAGACUUACCUCUACGCUCCUCCAGCUCCACUCUACUCCAUUCAACCCUCCUACAGACUUACCUCUACGCUCCUCCACCUCUACUCCAUUCAUCGCUCCUACAGACUUACCUCUACGCUCCUCCACCUCUACUCCAUUCAACCCUCCUACAGACUUACCUCUACGCUCCUCCAGCUCCACUCUACUCCAUUCAACCCUCCUACAGACUUACCUCUACGCUCCACUCUACUCCACCCUCAACUUGACACCCCCCAUCUCCAUCUCCAACUCAACUCACCCCUCCUACAGCCCCACCUUGUCAACCCCCCCUCCACCACCCUCCAACAUCACCACCCUGAUGUCUCUUCCUCUCCCAGAAGUGUGUACCUUCAUCCCACCUUGUGGAUUUAAAAGGAAUGGACUGGUGUGAGGAAAAUCAUAUCAGAUAUUAUUUUGACAUGGUGAAAACUCAAGUCCAUGAUUUAAUCCAAUGCUUUUACAUCCAUGAAGGGGACAGAGUGAGCAGGUCAAGUGCACACGGGGGCAUAAGGCCAGUAGGGAAUCAUAACACACACACAGCCUAUAAUGAUCUAGUAAGUAAUGAGACGUAGUAGUUUUGUGGUUCCUCUUAACACACCCACAAACUGCUCUAUAGAGAAGUUUCCAAAGCUGUGAAACCUUGUGUGUUCUGAACACGCCCCGGUAGUUGUCACUGUUUCUGCUCUCUGUAGACACCUAAUAAAGGACUGGUGAAGAA